UGGGACUUACAGCAGAAGUAAUCCUACAUCACCAUGGUGCGUCCUUGUGGCCUCCUAACCCACCAAGAGGAGCCAGUGCCACUGAAGAGCAUCUCUGUGACCUUGUCAAUUUGUGAGUUUGUGGCUGGUGUGUCUGCUACCUUAAACUAUGAGAAUGAGGAGAAAGUUCCUUUGGAGGCCUUCUUUGUGUUCCCCAUGGAUGAAGACUCAGCUGUCUACAGCUUCGAGGCUGUGGUGGAUGGGAAGAAAAUUAUGGCAGAAUUACAGGACAAGAUGAAGGCCCACACCAACUAUGAGAAUGCCAUCAGCCAGGGCCACCAGGCCUUCCUAUUGGAGGAGGACAUGAGCUCCAGGGAUGUCUUCUGUUGCAAUGUGGGGAACCUUCACCCUGGAUCAAAGGUGGCACUCACCCUGAAGUAUGUGCAGGAGCUGCCCCUGGAAGCAGAUGGGGCCCUGCGCUAUGUGCUCCCAGCUAUCCUGAACCCUCGAUACUGUCUCUCUGGAUGGCCUGAGGACAGUUGCCUUAAUAUGAAGACUCCUGUAGUCCCUUUGGAGGACCUGCCCUACACACUCAGCCUGGUUGCCACCAUCAGUUCCCAGCAUCGCAUCGAGAGGAUCCAAUCCGACUGCCCCUUGAGUCCUAUUGAGUACCAGGGAGAUGAUAAGACUUCUGCUCAGGUUUCCCUGGCUGAUGGACACAAAUUUGAUCGAGAUGUGGAGCUCCUGAUUUACUACAGUGAGGUGCAUACCCCCAGUGUGGCUGUGGAGAUGGGGACGCCUGAAACGAAGCCAGAUUGUUUGAUGGGAGAUCCAUCUGCGAUGGUGAGUUUCUACCCAAAUAUCCCAGAAGCUCAGCCACCAACUACCUGUGGAGAAUUUGUCUUCCUCAUGGACCGCUCAGGAAGUAUGCAGGGCCCCAUGAGUAAACAGGAUAAAUCUCAGCUGCGCAUAGAGGCAGCCAAGGAGACACUGAUUUUACUGCUGAAGAGUUUGCCUAUAGGCUGUUAUUUCAACGUCUAUGGAUUUGGAUCUUCCUAUGAGGCAUUCUUUCCGAACAGUGUGAAUUACAGUCAGCAUACCAUGGAGGAAGCACUGAGGAGAGUUAAGCUUAUGCAGGCUGACCUAGGGGGCACAGAAAUCUUGACACCACUCCAGGCCAUUUACAGGGGAACUUCAAUCCCAGGCCACCCCCUGCAGCUUUUUGUCUUUACAGAUGGGGAAGUUACCGACACAUUUAGUGUAAUUAAAGAAGUUAGGAGCAACAGUCUGAAGCACAGAUGUUUCUCAUUUGGUAUUGGAGAAGGAGCCUCCACCAGCCUAAUAAAAGGCAUUGCUCGGGUAGCAGGGGGUACUUCAGAAUUUAUCACCGGCAAGGAGAGGAUACAGUCCAAGGCUCUUAGGGCCCUGAAACGUUCUCUACAGCCUGUGGUCGAGGACGUUUCUCUGAGCUGGGAUUUGCCUCAGGGUCUAUCUGCUAAAAUGCUUUCCCCAGAACAGACUGUCAUCUUUAGGGGUCAGAGGUUAAUCGUCUAUGCCCAGUUGACUGGGAUGAUACCUCCAGCAGAGGCAACAGGAGAAGUUUGCCUCAAGUACACACUCCAGGGCAAGAGUUUUGAGAAUAACGUGACAUUUUCUCUACAACCCCAGCUCGAUGCCAACUUCACUAUUCACCGCCUCGCUGCCAAGUCCUUUCUUCAGACUAAGGACAUGGGCUUCAGGGAGACUCCAGCAAAUGAUAAAAAAGACGUGUUGAAAGUCAGCAUUGAGUGUGGAGUCAUAAGCUCCCACACAGCUUUUGUUGCCAUCAACAAGGAUCUCAACAAGCCCGUUCAGGGGCCCCUGGCUCAUAGGGACAUUCCAAGGCCAAUUCUUUGCGGUGCUUUUCCUGUGCUAUCAAGACGUCAUCAAGGUGGAUUACAUAAAACCCAAGCUCUUGGUCAUAGACUAAAGAGGAAAUGCGUGCCUCUCAAAGAGACCUCUCCUGAGAUGGAAAGGGCUUGUUCUUCCACCAGCGAGACCAACUUGGAAACUCACCAUACAGUCUUUGGAAAUAAUCACCUUGUGCAGCUGAUUUCCCUCCAAAAUGCAGAUGGUUCCUGGGAUCUGAAUGAAAGUCUGGCCAUGGCCCUCGGUAUGAAUUUGGAAGACAUACUGGCUGCACUCCCUGUCAAGAAUGUGGAUUCCUCAAGCUGGGCCACAGUCCUGGCAGUGCUCUGGCUGCAUACCAAUGGUAAGGACUCAAUGUGUGAAUGGGAGCUUCUGGAAAGGAAAGCGGUGGCCUGGAUUCGCUUCCAUGCAGGCUCCAUCAUGCAUGUGCUUGUGAAAGCUGCUGUUGCUUUCCUGAAAUCAACUGUGGAUCCUGCCAUCUUUGCCUUUUGAGGA